CGCUCGCCACCCGAUCACUAGCGACUCAGGUAGUUCCGAGUGUGAUACGCACCGUGCGUGAUAUUUUCAUGCCAUAUCAUCGUAAUUCGGUAGAAUCGUGAUCAUCUCCAGACUGUAAUGUGUUGUGUAUCGUCACGUGGUUGUGUGUGAUCUUCUUCGUCGGGUAAAAGACGCAAACGACUGUGACGCGGCUCCGUUCGCGUCCAAUCCAUCACCACCACGGCGUCGCCAGCAGACAUGACUCAACACAGCGACGCUUCCAGCGACCACUCUGAGGUGUCCGUGACGCCGCCGCCACCAGUAUCCAAAAUGCUUGAGUUUGCCAGCCAGCAGAACCUUAGUCUCUUCAACCUGGAGCACCGUAACAUGUUGGCGGCCCCGUUGGCCGCGCUUCAUUCAAUGACAGAAAUGAAGCACCAACCACAAGAUAUCAUGCCCGAACACCUGCACACCCAAGAGAAGGCUGAUGGAGAUGUCCUGCUGGACCGCACCAGUUUACAUGUAGAACGGGCACGGCUGGCGUCCCGAAGCCCGUUGGGCGCGACGUCUAACAGUAAUAGCUCACAAGGCGCAAACCCACACGGCAUUGAUCACAUACUAUCCCGGCCGUCGCAAGUGACCACGGGACCGUUGCACUUUGCACACAGUAUAGGUUUCUCGCAGAACCAACUGGGAAUGGGAGCGCAUAACACACAGGGGCCAUCGAACGCCGGCUUGCGGGGGUUCAACUUUGCGGCGGCGGCACUCCUGCAUCACCACGCGGCUAACUCGGUGAACAAGCCGUCGGUGGAGAUCGGACGCUCAGCGAAUUCUUUGUACUGGCCUGGAUUUCAGGGACUCUGUUCCAAUCCUCUCGCAUUUCGUAACGCAAGAAUGACGCAACGUUCCAUUCUGCACGAAUUCGAUUUUGGCAUGAAUCAGAGCGGCAUUGGCCAUUCCGACAAGGAUGCGAAAAAGAAGCACACGCGGCCGACGUUUUCCGGACAGCAGAUUUUUGCGCUGGAGAAAACUUUCGAACAAACCAAAUAUCUCGCCGGACCUGAACGUGCCAAGCUGGCAUAUGCUCUCGGCAUGACAGAAUCACAAGUCAAGGUUUGUAUAUCACACAAAUAA